AUGGAGAAACCGAAUGUGCGGUGGGACGAUGUGGCGGGUUUGGAGGCUGCAAAAGAGGCCCUGAAGGAGGCGGUAAUUUUGCCGAUUAAAUUUCCUCACUUGUUCACUGGAAAGCGUACUCCCUGGCAGGGCAUUCUACUUUAUGGUCCCCCUGGAACUGGCAAAUCCUAUCUUGCGAAGGCAGUUGCAACAGAGGCGAACAACUCCACCUUCUUCUCAGUCUCCAGUUCGGAUCUUGUGAGCAAGUGGUUGGGUGAAUCGGAGAAGUUGGUGAAGAAUCUGUUUGAAUUGGCUCGUGAGCAUCGUCCCAGUAUCGUGUUUAUUGAUGAGGUGGACUCUUUGUGUGGUUCGCGAAGUGAAAAUGAGUCAGAGUCUGCUAGACGCAUAAAAACGGAGUUCCUGGUUCAAAUGCAGGGUGUGGGAACAAACAAUAAGGAUGUUUUAAUUCUUGGAGCGACGAACAUUCCUUGGUGUUUGGACUCAGCUAUUCGACGUAGAUUUGAGAAGAGAAUUUACAUUCCGUUGCCCAAAGCUCCUGCUCGUGGAAAGAUGUUCCGAAUUCACCUUGGAAACACCCCGCAUGAGCUGUCAGAUGCUGACUUCCAGAAGUUGGCAGAUGCGACGGAAGGAUAUUCGGGAGCUGAUAUCGCGAUUUGUGUACGAGAAGCUCUAAUGUCCCCAAUUAGGAAGGUGCAAACGGCUACCCAUUUCAAAAAGGUCCGUGGUCCAUCGCCGUCAGAUAAGAGUGUGAUGGUUGAUGAUCUGUGGACUCCCUGUUCUCCCGCUGACCCACAGGCGAAAGAAAUGGAUUGGACCCAAAUCAACGGUGACAAGCUGCUUGAGCCCAUUGUCUCGAUG